AGCGGCGGGAUACGUGGAAGUGUUAAGCUGGCCGCGGAAAAAGAUGGGGAUAUGGCAGCUGUAAAUGGCCCUCCGAGCGUAACUCUGCGAGCAGCCACCCAGCGAAAGUUGCGGAGGUUUUCAGAACUGAGAGGCAAACCUGUGGCAGCUGGAGAAUUCUGGGACAUUGUUGCAAUAACAGCAGCUGAUGAAAAACAGGAACUUGCUUAUAAGCAACAGCUGUCAGAGAAGCUGAAAAAAAAGGAGUUACCCCUUGGAGUUCAAUAUCAUGUUUUUGUAGAUCCUGCUGGAGCCAAAAUUGGAAAUGGAGGAUCGACGUUUUGUGCCCUUCGAUGUUUGGAAAAGCUAUAUGGAGAUAAAUGGCAGUCUUUUACCAUCCUGUUAAUUCACUCUGGUGGCUACAGUCAACGCCUUCCAAAUGCAAGUGCUCUGGGCAAGAUUUUCACUGCUUUACCUUUUGGUAAACCCAUUUAUCAGAUGUUAGAAUUAAAACUAGCCAUGUACAUUGAUUUCCCCUCACAUAUGAAUCCUGGGGUUCUGGUUUCCUGUGCAGAUGAUAUUGAACUUUAUAGUAUUGGAGAAUCUGAGUUUAUCAGAUUUGACAAGCCUGGCUUUACUGCUUUAGCUCAUCCUUCUAGUUUGACUGUAGGUACCACACAUGGAGUAUUUGUCUUAGAACCUUCUAAUUGUUUAGAACACAAAGACCUUGAAUACAAAUGUUGUCAUCGCUUCCUUCAUAAGCCCAGCAUAGAAAAGAUGCGUCAGUUUGAUGCUGUGUAUAGACCUGGAAAUUGUUUUCAACAGGACUUUUCUGGGGGUGACACUCCCUCUCUUAAAUUAGAAUCUGAGUAUGUAUAUACAGACAGCCUAUUUUACAUGGAUCAUAAAUCAGCAAAAAAGUUACUUGCUUUUUAUGAAAAAAUCGGCACACUGAAGUGUGAAAUAGAUGCCUAUGGAGACUUUCUGCAGGCUCUGGGACCUGGAGCAACUGCAGAGUAUACCACAAACACAUCCAAUGUCACUAAAGAAGAAUCAGGAUUGGUAAACAUUAGGCAGAAAAUAUUUCACUUUCUUAAAGGGACAUCACUGAAUGUUGUUGUUCUUAAUAACUCCAGAUUCUAUCACAUUGGAACAACUGAAGAAUAUUUGUUUCACUUUACUUCACAUAGCAGUUUGAAGUCAGAGCUUGGUUUACAGUCCAUAGCUUUUAGCAUCUCUCCAGCAAUACCAGAAUGCUCUGGUAACACAUCCUGUAUCAUUCAAAGUAUAUUAGAUUCAAGAUGUUCUGUGUCACCUGGCUCAGUCGUGGAGUAUUCCAGAUUGGGGCCUGAUGUUUCAGUUGGGGAAAACUGCAUUAUUAGUGGUUCUUAUAUCAUGGCAACAGCUGUCCUGCCUGCAUAUUCCUUUGUGUGUUCCUUAAGCUUGAAGAUGAAUGGACACUUAAAGUAUUCAACUAUGGCAUUUGGAGUGCGAGACAACUUGAAAAAGAAUGUUAAAAAAUUGUCAGAUAUAAAGUCACUUCAAUUCUUUGGAGUCUGUUUCCUGUCAUGCUUAGAUAUUUGGAAUCUGAAAGUUACAGAGGAGCUCUUCUCUGGAAACAAGACAUGUUUGAGUUUGUGGAGUGCUCGUAUUUUCCCAGUUUGCUCUUCUUUGAGUGAUUCAGUUACAACAUCCAUGAAGAUGUUAGAUGCUAUACAAAACAAGUCAACAUUUAGCCUGAAAAACUUUAAGCUGUUGUCCAUUGAAGAAAUGCUUAUCUACAAAGAUGUAGAAGACAUGAUAACCUAUAGAGAGCAAAUUUCUCUGGAGAUUAUUUUGAAUAGAAAGUCUGAUUUAGAGACAUCUUAAAUAUCAUAUCAAUUAUUGCCUUUCUUGAUUGAGCAAGAUUGCAACUACAAGGGUUUUCUGUAGAUGUUUGCCUUUGUUUUAUUGAAGUAGUUAAUGAAUAUUAUAUUAACAAUUGCUGCAACACAACAUUAAUAACACAAAAAUACAGAUAAACCAAGUUUGAAGAAAAUAUUUCAAGGAUCUAAGUUCAGGGAAGGGAUUUUGGGAUGUUUAUCACUUUUAAUUUUUCUUUUAAUUAAGAUGGGUAUGUAGAGCAUUGUUUUGUUCACUUUAAUACUGUAAUAAUUUUAAGGGUAAUUUUCUAAACGUACCUUUACAGUUUUGUUUUUUAUCUUGUGGGCUUCAGUUACAAUAAAGCUCUAAAUGUUUAUUGGCAGUUUUCUCCUCAAAUGUAGCAAUUCUAUUGUGACUAAUAAAAAUAGCAUACUGUAGAGUCCUCAGUUGGAGGAAUGCUGUAGAAAUACAUUUUCAGGAACAGAUUUAUAGCUGACAAAUUAAUGCUUAAAUUAUUGUGAUUAUCUUAAUUGCUCAGUAAUGAACAGCUCUGAAAUUCAUGAUAAAAAUCUGUCUCAUUUAUUGGUCUUAUCAAAAUGAAACAAAAGGGUAUACAUGUUAUUUUUAUCCUUAUAAACUUGAACAUGUGUUUGUAUAUCUUAAAAAUUAUUCCUUAAUUUUCCAUGUAUAGGAAAACACACACACAACUCAAUUCUCAGUGCGGGGAGGAUGGUAGGAAUAAUUGGAAUUCACUGAUGAUAAUAUGUUUAUUUUGGACAUUGCUUUUCAUCCUCUAAUCCCUUUAACAAAACUGUUAAAUUACUAGAUGGACUGAUCUUACUUCCCGUUUCUUAUUUUCUGUCCAUCCACUAGUGAUGAUGCUGAGAGGCAAUAAAUAGCCGAAAGGUAGACAGCAGGAAGGAGCAAGAAGACUAGAAAGACAGAAAAUACACAGAUGACAGCUUCAAGAAAAUAAAAAUUGACUGGCAUCCCAAGUUUUGUGUUCCUAUUUUGAUAAAAUCACGUAUGCUAAAUGUCUUCAUAUCAAAGUCUAAUAUUAAUUAGAGAAAAGAUUCAUAAGAGAUUUGUAUUUUAACAUAAGUAAAUUGUAAUAACUGGUCUGUGCCACUUUUAUAUCAAAUGUCAAAAUGAAAAUAAUUAUUUGGUAAACCAGAAGUGACUUGUUUGCAACUCUCAAUUAUACUAUUUACCUUUUUUUUUCUUUUUUCAAGGUUCUUUCCAAGGACAAAAUUAAUUUAUAUGGUAGCUCUUGUUUAGCAUUUAUUGGUUUACUUGCACAGUUUUCAGAGGAUAUUGUGUGUUUAUCAUGUAUUAAAUGUUCAGUACUGUUUUUCACAGUAUAAUCUAAAUCUAUAAUCUUUAUAUUUCACUGUACAAUCUAAAGUGUCAUCAGUUAUUAAGA